CCUAGCUUUGUUGCGCUGGCUCCUAGGUUUCGGUGGCCGUACUCCGUGGAGCCCUCAGGGGACGGCUCCAGUGGCACCUGCCUAAAGCGUUUUCCCUUCCGUUCCACCCGCGCAGGCUCAGCGUGGCCACUGCCAUGCCGAACGCGCGGCCCAGGCCUCGCCCGGGCGCCGCGGGUGGCGCCGGAGCUGCGGGCCGGCACGAGCUGGUGUCGCGGUCCCUGCAGAGCGCAGAGCACUGCCUGGGCGCCCAGGACUUCGGCACCGCCUAUGCUCACUACCUGCUCGUGCUCAGCCUGGCGCCCGAGCUCAAAGACGACCUGAAGGAAACUUUUCAGUAUACGCUCUUCAAAUGGGCUGAGGAGCUUUAUGCCCUCAGUCGCAUACAAGACUUACUUGGUUGCUACGAGCAGGCCUUGGAGCUGUUGCCUGAUGAUGAAGUGAUUUGCAAUAGUAUGGGAGAACAUCUCUUCAGAAUGGGCUUUAGAGAUGAAGCAGCUGGGUAUUUUCACAAAGCAGUGAAGCUAAACCCUGAUUUCAACGAUGCAAAGGAGAAUUUUUAUCGUGUUGCAAAUUGGUUGGUAGAACGUUGGCACUUUAUUAUGCUCAAUGAUACCAAGAGGAAUAUGAUUUAUAAUGCAGCAAUCCAAAAGGCAGUUCAUGCGGGAUAUAAAAGUGUUUUGGACAUUGGGACAGGAACUGGAAUACUAAGUAUGUUUGCUAAGAAAGCUGGUGCACAUCCCGUGUUUGCCUGUGAGUUGUCCAAGACCAUGUAUGAACUGGCCUGCGAUGUGCUGGCAGCAAACAAGAUGGAAGAGAUCAAGCUCUUGCACAUGAAGUCACUUGACAUAGAGAUUCCAAAACACAUUCCUCAAAGAGUGUCCCUAGUUGUAACAGAAACUGUCGAUGCAGGUUUAUUUGGAGAAGGAAUUGUGGAGAGUUUGAUACAUGCAUGGGAAAAUUUACUUUUACAGCCAAAGUCCACAGGUGAAGAUGAUAAUUGUGAGAAGUAUGGGAAAGUUAUACCGGCAAGUGCUGUUAUAUUUGGGAUAGCAGUGGAAUGUGCAGAGAUACGAAGACAUCAUAGGGUUGGUGUUAAAAGCAUUGUGGGGAUCCACUUGCCAACAAAUGUGAAAUUCCAUAGUCCAGCUUAUUCCUCUGUAGAUGCUGAAGAAACCAUUGAACCUUACACAACUGAGAAAAUGAGCCGAGUCCCUGGGGGAUAUGUGCCUUUGACGGAAUGUUUUGAAAUUAUGACAGUAGAUUUCAACAAUCUUCAGGAAUUAAAAAGUCUUGCAACUAAAAGGCCUGAUAAGAUCCGGGUACCUUUUAUUAAAGAAGGCACACUGGAUGCUAUUGUGGUUUGGUUUGUGCUGCAGCUUGAUGAAGAGCACAGUUUAUCUACAAGUCCAAGUGAGGAGACAUGUUGGGAACAGGCUGUCUACCCUGUACAGAACCUGGCAGACUACUGGAUAAAGCCUGGGGACCAUGUAAUGAUGGAUGUUUCUUGUCAAGAUUGUUAUUUAAGGAUCCAGAAUAUCAGUGUCUUGGGUUUGGAACAUAAAAUGGAUGUUGUGAAAAGUUUUUCCAAGACUGAAGAGUCAUCUUCUGCGGGAAAUGAAGCUGAACUCUGUAGUGCCCUAGCUAACCUUCAGACCAGCAAACCAGGCUCUGUAGAGCAGGUGUGUGUAUUGGAAUCUACGGAAAUUGCUUUGCUUAAUAACAUCCCAUAUCAUGAAGGCUUUAAAAUGGCAAUUAGGAAAGUGUUGGCUUCAUUGACUCCAGAGAAACUGUUGCAGGCCAUGGAUACUCAAAGUGAAGAGAUGAACUCCACAGGUGGGCAGAACGAUAGAUCUGUACAGAGUGCCCCUGACCCAUACUAUGUACUAGAUGUGUCUGAAGGCUUCUCGAUUCUGCCGAUAAUUGCUGGCACACUUGGACAGGUUAAACCUUACAGUUCUGUGGAAAAAGACCAACAUCGCCUCACUCUCGACCUCAUUUCUGAGGUGAAUCACUUUCCUAAGGAAACACUUGAGUUUUGGCUGAGACACGUGGAGGAUGAGUCUGCUAUGCUGCAGAGGCCAAAGUCAGACAAGUUGUGGAUCAUAAUCAUAUUGGAUGUCAUUGAACCAUCUGGGCUUAUACAGCAGGAAAUUAUGGAAAAAGCGGCAAUAUCCAGGUGUUUGCUACAAUCUGGAGGCAAAAUCUUCCCUCAGUAUGUGGUGAUGUUGGGGUUACUUGUGGAAUCACAGGUACUGGUAGAAGAGAGUGCUGUCCAAGGAAAAGAACGUACCCUUGGCGUAAAUGUAGCGCCUUUCAUUAACCAGUUUCAAGUACCGAUACGUGUAUUUUUGGACCUAUCUUCACUGCCCUGUAUUCCUUUAAGCAAGCCUGUGGAACUGUUAAGACUAGAUUUAAUGACUCCAUAUUUAAACACCUCCAGCAGAGAAGUAAAGGUACACAUUUGUAAAUCUGGGAAAGUGACCGCCAUUCCAUUUUGGUAUCACAUGUACCUCGAUGACGAUAUUAGGUUGGACACAUCAAGUGAAACCUCCCACUGGAAGCAGGCUGCGGUGGUUUUAGAGAAGCCCAUCCAGGUGGAAAUGGGAGAGGAGCUUGUCCUCAACGUCCAGCACCACAAAAGUAACGUCAGCAUUACUGUGAUGCAGUGACUAGCUGUGUCAUGAGAAUCUGUCUAGGAUAAGCAGCAAGUGAAAAUUCUCCUGACUUCAGUCAAUGAAGUUGUAAUCAUAAAAUGGGGUAUAAAAACUUAAUCCCUUGUAAUUACAAAAGUUUUAAAAAAUGACAUGAAAACUUAAAGGAUCCUAAAUGAAAAUAAAAAUAUUGCUGUAAGAAGACAUUUUAGACAAUAAUUAUUUUUCAAAUCAGGAGACUUUAUUAAUUUGUAUUACCUGUUCUUACUGUAGAUGAAAUUUUGUUAACACUUGGCUGAACACUCUAAAGCUAAAGAGAAGGGUUUCUAGCGUUUUCCCUCAUUAUUGCAACACUUUCAUUUUUUCAGGUGUCUGGCAAAUUUGUAAUUUGAAAUACCCAAAAGUAGCCUUCCAUUGCCCAAAGGAUAUGGUUAUUUGUAAAUUUCAAGCUUGCUUCCUGUAUUCAGAUCUCUGAUUUUGUUUGGGAAAUACCAACUUGAAAUAAGACUUUAAUUUUAAACUAUAAGCUAAAUGGAAUAGAGAGUUAAGAAGUCUGCUUUAGCCAAGAAAAUUAAUAAGUUGAUCAUAAAACAAAAUUUAAAAGUUUAUUUAAUGCAUUAGGGGAAUGAAAUUGUCUAAUUUUUACAGACUUUUGAAGUGGUAAUAAAAUGCGUAUGCCUUGUAUAUACAGUGGCAUUUUAAGCAGGGCACAAUAAAGCAGGAGUCCUCUCUUCCUUCCACUAGUCCUAACCUCCGGAAGUUACUUAGCUUUAUUUUCAACAGAAAUGUUUGGUCUCCCAUGAACACAAUAAAGACUUUGUACUUUAGUGUGAAUCAGUAUGUACAUAUGUGUUUGUAUGUAUAAAUAUACGAAGCAAAGGGUUUUGAGAAGCAAUAUGCACCCUUGCUAUUUGUGACAAUUUCUUUUUUCAUUGUAAAAUCAGAAACACAAUCCAGUUAUUGGCAAUGAAAGAAGCAACAUCCUAAACAAUAAUUGUCUCCUAAAUACCACCUAUUUGUCUUCUGGCUGUGGAUCAUUAUAAAAUCAGAAACACAAUCCAGUUAUUGGCAAUGAAAGAAGCAACAUCCUAAACAAUAAUUGUCUCCUAAAUACCACCUAUUUGUCUUCUGCUGUGGAUUAGUAAUCAUGAAAACUUAACAAGAACACUGAGCCAA